UAUAUUUUCUCUAUGUCAGACAGGUCUGAUAGCAUAAUCAUUAUAUUUCCAUGGCACAAAGGCAGCUUGCCCAUCCUCUUCCUACCGCCCCCAUUUCCCCAUUUAUUGGUGCUGCUUGUGUGUCGUUCUGUAUCUACAUCCCAGGCUGUUGCACACACAUAAUCGUGCAGCGCAAGCGUACAAACACCCUGCAGAUUCCAUCAGGGACAGCAUCCUUAUCGCGCUAGGAUAUAAAUCACAGACGGGAUGGAACUCGGAGCGCUUUGUUUUCCAAAGUCGCCCAAAGAAGUGGAGAUUUGUCUCUGGGCGGCUAAUCUCCCCGAAUCACAGCGUGUGCCUCUGCCCUAAGGUAGGUGCUUUAACCACCAGUGAUAACUUUACCCAACUGUCAUUCUGUCUCCUUGAAAUUUAUCUUUCCCUUUAUAUGCCUUUGUCCCUUAUCUAUGUUCCAUCCUUUCUGCCCUAUUGCACCCCUUUCCUAUUUUCAGGGAGUAGUGUAACACAAUGGAUUUGAUAGUGACAAAGGUGAAAAGUGAAACUGAGACCGGUGCCCCUUCUAACAUAGUAACCAGCGAUGGCAAAGGGCUGCCGGCGUCCUUCCAAACCCAAGUCCCUGUGCUGGUCUGAGCCCCAAGAAGUGAUACCAAGGGCUCCACAACAAGACAACCCUUUAGAGGCCCAAGGGACAGAUCAUCAAAGCUCCUCUCAAGAUGCUGAGGGGAGGACCAGUUCCCCCAAUGACUCGUCCCUGAGUCUCUGUGAUACCUGUGGCUACCAACACAUGGUAGGAGGGACCUGCAAGACCUGUGGUGAUAUCUGUCGCUUCAAAGAUAGUAGGUCCCUGGUUAUGGAGACAUCACUUGUGCUUGGAGGAGUAGUUGAGACCCCAAAGCCAGUCAAGAAAAGAAGACCCAAAGAGUAUCAGAGUCCAGCAGAGUCCGAGGCAGAGUACCUUGAAAAACAGAGGGAACAUAAAUCAGGGGACAUUGAAGAAUCAUUUGCAAGAAGCUGUGAGAAGGAAGAUUGGCGUCAGAGAGACACCCAAGUUUCUGGGGAACUGGGAGAAUCUUGGUCUUGGAGUACAUACCUGGAUGAACUGAAAUGCAUUGCUGCCCCACUCAAUCUGUUCCGGGAGUGGCAGCUGGGUACCCAACACAAGAACGGCUUUAAAGUAGGCAUGAAGCUAGAGGGGAUCGACCUUCAGCACCCCUCCCUCUACUUCAUUCUGACUGUAACUGAGGUGUGUGGGUUUCGAAUACGACUGCAUUUUGAUGGCUACUCUGACUGUCAUGAUUUUUGGGUGAAUGCCGACUCCCCAGAUAUCCAUACUGCAGGCUGGUGUGAGAGGACAGGGCACAAGUUACAGCCACCAAAAGGGUACAAGGAUGAAGAUUUCAGUUGGACCAACUAUCUGAGACAAACUAAGGCUCCUGUUGCCCCAAAGCAUCUUUUUGUCACCCCAAAAAUUGGGGCACCACCUUCCUUGUUUCGGGUCGGAAUGAAGCUGGAGGCCGUAGACAGAAUGAACCCAUCCCUAAUCUGUGUGGCUAGUGUCACUGAUGUUAUUGAAGAUCGAUUCCUUGUGCACUUUGACAACUGGGGUGACACAUAUGACUAUUGGUGUGAUCCCAGCAGCCCAUAUGUCCAUCCUGUAGGCUGGUGUCAACAGCACAAGAAGCCACUAACACCCCCUCAAGAUUAUCCUGACCCCGAAGGCUUCUCAUGGGAUAAAUAUUUAUUAGAAACGAAGACGGUUGGAGUGCCAGCACAAGCCUUUCAUCCGCGCCCUCCUCACGGUUUCAAAGUUGAUAUGCGAAUGGAAGCUGUGGACAGGAGAAGUCCCUCACUGAUACGUGUAUCUUCUGUGGUGGAGGUAGAGGAAUUCCGGAUAAAGGUUCACUUUGAUGGUUGGAGUCAUAUGUUUGAUUUCUGGCUGGAUGCUGACCACCCAGAUCUCCAUCCUGCAGGCUGGUGUCAGAGAACGGGCCAUCCUCUUCAAACCCCCCUCAGGUACAGAGAUGUCUCCAACAUGUCCCCUGGGCCCUGCGUAUCACUCAGCUGUAAGGAGAUGUCACACACAAGGAGCAGCAAAUACAGUUUGCAGCACAGAAAGUGCCCUACUCCAGGCUGUGAUGGUUCAGGACAUGUGACGGGAAGGUUUACGGCUCACCACUGCCUGUCCGGCUGUCCUCUGGCUGAUCGCAACCAAAACCCAACGAGGAACAGGAAUCCCAUUCCAUUUCCUUCCCGUAGGAAAUCUCGACACCACGGCAGGAUUGGCCGUCCUCCAAAGUAUCGCAGGGUCCAACAGGAUAGCUAUCAGGACCCAGUGCACCAGUCUUUUUUCAUGUCUGCUCUUUCUGUGCACCCGGAUCGUGCCUAUGCUCACUGUUGGGAGCAGCACUGCCGCCUCCUGCCUGGUGUGGCUGGUAUCAGCGCUAGCACUGUAUCUAAAUGGAGCACAGAAGAGGUCUUUAGCUUUGUACAGACCUUGACUGGUUGUGAAGACCAGGCCAGAUUAUUCAGAGAGGAGAUGAUAGAUGGGCAGGCACUUCUACUUCUAACCCAGACUGAUAUUGUGAAAAUCCUGUGCAUUAAACUGGGACCCGCAGUCAAGAUCUACAACUCUAUUCUUAUGUUCAAGAACACCGAAGACUCUGUUGAUUGAGCAGAGAUCCCAAUUGGCCCUACCCAGUAGUCCUGGGACAUGAAACGCAUGUCCUUGUCGCAGUCGUGUGAGGGUGUUAUUCUGUUAUACUAAACAGUGUUCCAGAAAAACUGCAUUUGUGUUAACUAAUGACAGCCUCCAUUGCAUCUUGAUAGAAGGCAGACCCAGAUUUUGGUGCCCAUGCUGUGGGAACUUCAGCUCAAAAAACAGGGAUCCCAUACAGGCAGUCUAGGGUUCACAUUUGGAAUGACAUUUGGCCCCCAUUGUAGUUCCGUAAAUGUAGGUAUGUUUCUUUCAUUCUUUUAGAAUGAAAGCUAAUGUGCAGCCCUAUAAAGCAAACUCUCUAAUUCUACUGCAUGUCACCACUGGUGGAGCUCACAGACUCAGUUCCUUAGUAUAGAACAGACUAUGGAAACUGCAGUCAAACAAGUUUACUGAGUUCCAAAUGCAUGAAUGAAUGAGUGAAUAGUCUCUGUGCCUAUGAACCCAUAAUGCAUUAAUGACCAGUGACCUCCCUUCUCCAAAUACUUCUGUUAAGUCUGUUCUGUUAGAUGCAGUGCCCACUCUGAUGGUUUGUCAUUUUGUAUAUUUGCUGAAAUGCUUUAUAAAUAAAUGAUCUAUAUGUAUAUUAAAUCUUC